AUUCGGAUUUAUCGUCGACCCAGAAUGGUACGUCUAGACGGCAUUCGUGUUCCCUAAGGAUUUUGACACUUACAUUAAAAAAAAACGCUUGUCAUCAUGAACUUCUCUGUGCUCACUUUUUCAUUUCAUACCACUGCAGUGCCCGAGGAUUUCUUGUCGGGGGAAUGAGUAACCUAACCUUGUUUCGUGCCACUGAUGUGGCGAUGUCGGAUGGACACAACCAUGUAGUGAGACUUCAAGCAAGUUCUUUGUCAUCGGCUGCUGCCAUUGUGAGAGCUGGACUGAGAAAAAUUCAUCGAUUGAUAGAUGACAAUCCAUUGGCUGCAGCUUCAGACCAGACCAACAGGCUUCCACCAUCGCCGUGUGAGGACUGAAUAAGUACCGUAUUAAGAACAAUAAUAUUAUGCUAGUUGU